AUGCACCCCCCAGGCAAUUAUGGCGUAUCUCCACCAAAUCGAGGCUACGCAACACCACCUCCAGCGCAAUUCCAAGCAGGUAGAGUUGCGCCUCAGACUCGACCAGUGCAGCAAACAAGACCUACUACUUCGCCUGCUCCCCCUGGCGCAGAUCCUCAAUUGUGGCCUCUCUUCAAGGCCGUUGAUAAAGAUAGAACCGGUGUCCUCACAGAGAGAGAGCUCCGCGCCGCUCUUGUAAAUGGUGAUUGGACAGCUUUCGAUCCAUACACAGUCAAAAUGAUGAUUCGCAUGUUCGAUACGGAUCGCAGCAACACAAUCAAUUUUGAUGAAUUCUGCGGGCUUUGGGGAUUUCUCGCCGCUUGGCGUUCAUUGUUUGAUCGGUUCGAUAAGGAUCGCAGUGGAAAUAUUAGUCUGGAUGAAUAUUCAGAGGCUUUAGUGGCUUUUGGAUAUAGAUUGAGUGAUAGUUUUGUGGGGGUUUUAUUUAAGGCAUAUGAUAAGAGGAAUGAGGGCGCGAUUAGUUUUGAUUUAUUUGUGCAGAGUUGUAUUAGUUUGAAGAGGAUGACUGAUGUCUUCAAGCGUUAUGAUGAUGAUCGCGAUGGUUACAUAACUCUCUCCUUCGAGGACUUCCUCCUGGAGAUUAUUCGACAGAAGUACUAA